GCUUCAAGUUCAGACCCUCUUCAAGCUUGCAUCUUCAUCUGCAAAACAAAAGUUCUCUUCUGUGGAAUCAUAAAUCAUCUGCAACCAUGAGUUCGGAUGCUGAAAUGGCCGUCUUUGGGGAGGCCGCUCCUUAUCUCAGAAAGUCUGAAAAGGAAAGGAUUGAGGCCCAGAACAAGCCUUUUGAUGCUAAGUCAUCUGUCUUUGUGGUGGAUGCUAAAGAAUCAUUUGUAAAGGCUGUAGUUCAGAGUCGGGAAACUGGAAAGGUGACAGUGAAGACAGAAGGAGGAACGACUGUAACUGUUAAAGAUGAUCAAAUCUAUCCUAUGAACCCUCCCAAAUAUGACAAGAUUGAGGACAUGGCCAUGAUGACUCAUUUGCAUGAACCAGCCGUCCUGUAUAACCUCAAAGAGCGUUAUGCAGCCUGGAUGAUCUAUACCUAUUCAGGCCUCUUCUGUGUCACUGUCAACCCCUAUAAGUGGCUGCCAGUGUAUAAUGCAGAGGUGGUAACUGCCUACAGGGGCAAAAAGCGACAGGAGGCUCCUCCCCACAUAUUUUCCAUCUCUGACAAUGCCUAUCAAUUCAUGCUAACUGAUAGGGAGAAUCAGUCUAUCUUAAUCACGUAAGUAUUUUUAUGCUAAUACUACUGAGGCAUUUUAGCAGUUAGGAAAACAAGACAAGAAAAGUAGAAAAUUUCUUCAGUCAUUUAGCAAAGCAGAAGCAAAAUCAAAGCAGGUCUACACAGCACUUUUUGUUUUCAUCUAAGUUUUAGAUUCAUCUAAAUAUAGAAUUAUGAUCAGAGGGGGCCUGGAGAGAUUGUGUGUG